GUCCCCUUUCCUGGGACAUAUGUCUUUUUUUUUUUUUACGGAUCAAAAUGGAUAAAUGGAUUACCACCUCACCCAAAGGAUGAAACGCGCAGAAACGAGUUCCUCCAGGGACGAUGAGGAGGAGGUUCUUGUCCCGAAACAGACACCGGAGAGUGUCCAGCAGGACAGAUCAGUGUCACCCGUACCCAGCUGUGUGUCCAUGAAGAGUGACAGAUCAAUGGGUAUUCCAGUGAACUUGAGUGCGGGAGAAAUGUCUACAGAUCAAAAUCUUCAGCAGGACAGAUCAGUGUCACCGGUACCCAGCUGUGUGUCCAUGAAGAGUGACAGAUCAAUGGGUAUUCCAGUGAACUUGAGUGAAGGAGAAAUGUCUACAGAUCAAAGUGUCCAGCAGUACAAAUUACCUGCCUUACCUGUGUCCAGUGGGGUCUGCAUGAAGAGUGGUGGGUCAGUGCCUUGUCUUCAAGAUGAACUCCUGAUGACCUGUCAGCAGAAACUGAAAUCCCAUCUGAAGAAGAAGUUUGAGUGUCUAUUUGAAGGAUUAGCUAAGCAAGGAAACCCAACCCUUCUGAAUGAUAUUUACACAGAGCUCUACAUGACUGAAGAUGGUACUGGUGGGAUCAGGGAUGAACAUGAAGUGAGACACAUUGAGAGAGCACUCAAGAAACCAGCUGUGCAAGAAACUACAAUCAAAUGCAGUGACAUUUUUACACCUUUACCUGGAAAAGCAACACAUAUAAGAACUGUGCUGACAAAGGGGAUUGCAGGCAUCGGAAAAACUGUCUCUGUGCAGAAAUUUAUUCUGGAUUGGACAGAAGGAAAAGCAAACCAAGACAUUUGUUUCAUAUUUCCUCUUCGUUUCCGGGACCUGAAUUUGAUUAACAAUAAAGAAUUUAGUCUGAUACAGCUGUUUCACUACUUUCUCCCAGAACUGAAAGGGUUUGGACCCACUCAGCUCUCAAAUUCCAAUCUCUUGUUCAUCUUUGAUGGUCUGGAUGAGUGUCGCCUUCCUCUAGAUUUCAAGAACAAUGAGAUCUGUUUUGAUGAAACAAAGACAACAUCACUGGAUGUGCUGUUGACCAACCUUAUCAAGGGGAAUCUGUGUCCUUCUGCUCUCAUCUGGAUAACCUCUCGUCCAGCAGCAGCCGAUCAAAUCCCUCCUGACUGUGUCCACCAGGUGACAGAGAUACGAGGGUUCAAAGAUCCCCAAAAGGAGGAGUACUUCAGGAAGAGAAUCAGUGAUGAGGACCUGGCCAACAGGAUCAUCAGACAUGUGAAGUCAUCAAGGAGCCUCUACAUUAUGUGUCACAUUCCAGUUUUCUGUUGGAUUUCAGCCACUGUUCUUGAGAGACUCUUUGUUGAGGACCAAAGUGGAGAAAUUCCCAAGACUCUGACUCAAAUGUACACACACUUCCUCAUCUUUCAGACAAGUUUAAAGAAUGAGAAGUAUCUGAAAAAACAAGUAACAGACCCUCUGAAAUCUUUAGAAUCAGAUAAAGAAUUUGUUCAGAAACUGGGGAAUCUGGCCUUCAACAACAUCAACAAAGGCAAUCUCAUAUUUUAUGAGGAAGAUCUGAGAGAGUUUGACAUUGAUGUGCGUGAAGCUUCAGUGUACUCUGGAGUGUGUACAGAAGUCUUCAGAGAGGAGUUUGGGUUGUAUCAGGGGAAGGUUUACUGCUUCAUACAUCUUAGUGUGCAGGAGUAUCUUGCUGCUUUGCAUGCAUUUCUGUCAAGUACUGAUCCCAACCUGCUGAAGAAAACAGUAGAUCAGGCCUUAGAGAGCAAGAAUGGACACUUGGACCUCUACCUCCGAUUUCUUCUUGGACUUUCAGUGGAAAACAGUCAGAAAGUUUUAAAGCAACUUCUGAUAGAGGCAGGAGAAUCUUGCAAUGUUAAAAAAAAUGUUCAAUACAUAAAAGAAAAGAUUAAGGGAAAUCAUCCCCCAGAAAGAAUCAUUUAUCUCUUCCAUUGUUUGAAUGAACUGAAUGACAAUAAUUUAGUGAAGGAAGUUCAAAAUUGGCUGAACACAGGCUGUCUUUCUGGAAAAGACAUCUCACUAUCAGAGUGGUCAGCUCUUGCCUUUGUGUUAUUAAUGUCAGAAGAGGAACUGAGUGUAUUGGACCUGAGGAAAUGCACCUUACGUGAUAAAGGUCUUCAGAGGAUGUUGCCAGUGAUCCAGGUCUCCAGAGCUGCUCUAAUGAAGAAAUGUAAUUUAACUGAGAGAUGUUGUGAAGCUUUGGUCUUGGCUUUGAACUCAGAAACCUCACACCUGAAAGAGUUAGACCUGAGUGACAAUGACCUUCAGGAUUCAGGAGUGAAGAUACUCUCUGCUGGACUGGGGAACCAACACUGUAAACUGGAGAUACUAAGACUUUCUGGCUGUUGUGUCACAGAGGAAGGCUGUGCUUCUCUGGCUUCAGCUCUGUGUUCGAACCCAUGUUCACAACUGAGAGAACUGGAUCUGAGCUACAAUCACCCAGGAGACUCAGGAGUGAAGCAGCUUUCUCAUCUACUGCAAGAUCCACACUGUAAACUGGAGACAUUGAGACUGAAGAUGUGUGGACUCACAGAGAGAUGCUGUGAAGCUCUGGCCUCAGUUCUUACAUCAAACUCUUCAUACCUGAAAGAGCUGGACUUGAAUGACAAUGACCUGCAGGAUUCAGGAGUGAAGCUACUCUCUGCUGGACUGGGGAACCAACACUGUAAACUGGAGAUAUUAAGACUUUCUGGCUGUUGUGUCACAGAAGAAGGCUGUGCUUCUCUGGCUUCAGCUCUGUGUUCGAACCCCUGUUCACAACUGAGCGAGCUGGAUCUGAGCUACAAUCACCCAGGAGACUCAGGAGUGAAGCAGCUUUCUCAUCUAUUGCAAGAUCCACACUGUAAACUGGAGACACUGCAUGUGAACAAUGGUGGACAGCGCAGGAUAAGACCAGGGCUCCUCAAAUAUUGGUGCCAGCUCACGCUGGACCCCAACACAGCAAAUGGAGACCUGUAUCUGUCUGAGGGCAACAGGAAGGUGACAUGGAGUGAAAAAAAGCAGACAUAUCCAGAUCAUCCAGACCGAUUUCACUACUGGUCUCAUGUUCUGUGUGUAGAGAGUAUGUCUGGUCGCUGUUACUGGGAGGUCGAGUGGACUGGAAGCGCUGCUGAAAUAGGAGUGACUUAUAAAGGAAUCAGCAGGAAAGGAGACAGAGAAGACUGUCGGCUGGGAAAAAACAACAACUCCUGGGCUCUGAUCUGCUAUGGUGGGAGCUACUCUGUCUGGCACAAUAAUAAACAUACUGAUAUACCUGUACUUCCCCCCUCCCCCAGAGUAGGAGUGUGUGUGGACUGUGUGUCCGGCACUCUGUCCUUCUACAGCGUCUCCUCUGGUGGACUGACCCUCCUGUACAGGUUCACCUCCACGUUCACUGAGCCCCUCUAUCCUGUGUUUAGAGUCUAUUACAGUGGGUCCUCAGUGUCCCUGUGUGAUGUGGAGUGAGAACACACACACACACACACACACGUAGUCACAAACCACAGUGUCUCUAAUUAGGUGAACCAAUAAAACACAUUGAUGAAUGAAUGUUGGUGUAUUCUAAGAGUUUGUGAUUUUCUUGUUUAAAGUUAUUUUCAUUGUCACUGAUCUUUGUAGAGCUUGGUCAGCAAUUAUGAUCUGUGGGACAUACAUGUGUUCACCCUGAAUUCUAUGCAGCAGCACUUGCAGGUGAUAACUAACCCUUUCUUAAAAGCACUGAGCUUAAACUGACACAGUAAAAAAUUAUCCAGCUGUGUAAAUGGGCAAAUUAUGAAUAGCUGAAUAUUAUAAGUUGCU